UCUGGGGCCUGGAGGAACCGCGCCGGAGCCUAGGAGCCUGCGCUGAGGGGACGCCCUUGUGCGCCUGCGGGGCAGCAGGGCGGCGGAUCGUUUGAAUUUCACUCCCGGAGCAGCUCCCCCCGGUUUGGCGUUUCUGGCGGAGACUCGUGUCCCCACGCCUUGGUACCCCGCGACGUCGGCGUUCUGAGGGGUCCCUGGCCCCGGAAGCGGCCCUGGCAUCGCUCAGCAGAUGCUUAAAGGAUGGCCUCAGAUCUAGAACAGUUAUGCUCUUAUGUUAAUGAAAAGAUUGGCAAUAUUAAGAAAAUUAUGUCAUUAAGAAAUCUUGGCCAGGAACCUGCCUUGAAGACUACAUUAAGUAAAAUAGGAGAUGAGAUCAUUGUAGUAAAUGAACUUUUAAAUAAAUUUGAAUUGGAAAUUCAGUAUCAAGAGCAAACCAACAACUCACUCAAGGAGCUCUGUGAAUCUCUUGAAGAAGAUUUCAAAGAUGUGGAACAUCUCAAAGAAAACAUUCCCUCCCAUUUGCCUCAAGUAACAGUAACCCAGCACUCGGUUAAUAGAUCAGAGCUUGAUGCUGAAGAACCAGUUAAAGUUGGGGAACUUGUAUCAGCAAAGAAGCCCCCCAAGGAACAAAGAAUUAUUAAAGAAAUGCCAUUUAUAACUACUGAUGAAUUCGAUGGUGUUCCUGCGUACAUGAAAUCCCGUUUAACAUACUGUCAGAUUAAUGAUGUCAUUAAAGAAAUCAACAAGACAGUAGUUAGUAAAUAUAAGAUUAUACAUCAACCAAAAGCGUCUAUGAGUUCUCUGAACAGAAAUCUCUACCACAGGUUUAUUAAUGAAGAGACAAAGGACACCAAAGGUCAUUAUUUUAUAGUGGAAGCUGACGUAAAGGAGUUCACAACUUUGAAAACUGACAAGAGAUUUCAUGUGAUCCUGAACAUUUUGCGACAUUGCCGGAGGCUGUCAGAGGUCCGAGGGGGAGGGCUUACCCGUUAUGUGAUCACUUGAGUUCCACAUACUUCUCGUGUGGAGCCUAGAUCUAGCAUUAUGUAUUUGAAGAUAUGUAUGUGUGUAUGUAGAUCAUGAAAUUAGAAAGAGGGUCCUGAGAAGUGCAGAAGAGAUCUUGGGGAGGGGAACAGAGAAGGCAGUGGAAUUUGUGUGAUUAUCUAGGAACUAGCCAGAGGCAGGGGAAUUAGAGCUAAGCAUAGUGACACAUACCGUUUGAAUGUACAAGGAACCUGUUAUUGUAUGCUAACCUUAAAAAUUAAAAAAUAAUCACUGUCUUUUCAGCAAAUGUUUAACCUCCUGCCAUGUAAAGCCUCUGUACUAGGCAUGUAAUGGAUCUCAUGUCUAGUUUUGUAUAAGUAGACAAUCCCGCAGACCUUAAUAAAAUGGGUAUACAUACUA